AUGAGAUUGAGCAAGCAAGGUUUGAUAUGUUUGAAUUCAAACUCUAACAUUGAGAACUUGGCUAUCACUCUCUCCAAUAAACUUUUUGAGAAUAAUCAAGAAGAGGAUGAGCUAGCCAAAUCAUUAAAAGAAAUAGAGGUGUGUUACAAGAAAAAUAAGGACCGUCUUGAAAAAGAUUUGAAUAAAAUGGAAUAUAAAAUCACCUAGAUUAGGGAUACAAGGGAGAGAAUAUCACUCAAGCAUAUUAAAAGCUUAGAUAUUGUUGAGAAGUUUGUGCACAAGGUCAUGCCAAACAACCUUACUGACAGCUAAAUAAAAAUAAAUAAGAGCAAAAUUGAGUAAAGUAAAUUAAGAGUUGGUAAUGAAUCUGAGCGAGAUGGUGCUUAAAUGAGCAGCAUUGAAUAAAUCAGGAAUGAUUUGGAAAACGAUGACAUAUUUAUAUUGGGAUAUAGAGGUGGCUAGACUCAAAACCAAUUUGAAACAGAGUAUAAUUCAUAAGCAGAGGAGGAAAAAUAGGAUGAGAGGAUAAAAGAAGAUGAUGAAGAGUCAGUAUUAUCAGAUGCUGAUAAAAUUUAGGAAUUGAAAUCUGAGAAAAAGCGUAUCUUAGAGUCUCUUGAUGAAAAUAAAGUAGCAGACAGAGUUUUAAUUGACCAGCUAUAUGAUAUGGAGAUCUUAAAGGUGAAGAAAUCACUGAGAAAGGAGAGAAACUCUGCAGCGUAGAGUCAUAGAAAUCAACUUCAUGAUUUGGAAUAGAGGAAUAAUCUCGUAAAUAGCGAGAUCUCGAAGGGGUAUAAAAGUUAAUCACUUAAAAAUUCUCAGAAAAUAAAUUAAACAGAAAUUCUCAGGCAUAAUUAAAUGAAAGCUUAGAAUCUAGUAAAAAGCUCAGAUAAAUAACUAGCACUGCUUAUUAAGAUUAUCAGAAUGAACAAGCAUCCCAGAUUUGUGAAGCUAAUUAAAUCCGAGUAAUAACCAUAGAAAAAUGUUCACAUAGUAAAACCACUUGCUUUAAAUCCACAAGUCUUAGUUUUUAAUAAUUCAAAUGAAAAAUCUAAUCCCUAAAUGCAAAUCUAAAAUAUCAAACAGCAAAAACCUUUUGUGCUAAAUAAGAAAUUUGUUAAUCUAUUGAAGAAAAACAUAUAGAAAUAAGAAAAUGAGGGCUAAGGACAUAGUUCAUUUAUCAAUAACAGCGGACCAAAUAACUUCAAUACAAACACGAGUAAUAACAGCAACAGUUUCAGCUAUAGACAAUCAAAUAACCCUAAUAGUGGGGUUUAAUCAAUAAUCAUUCCUAAGUUCAAUCAAGUUGUAAUUAGUCAAAUGUCUCCAAAGUAAUGA